UACGAUUUGCACAAUUUCAUUGAUCCCUCUGGCCCGAAGAACUUGCAAGUGUUCGAAGUGGUAACGCGAAUGAGUUUUUCACCAGCAACCAUGGCUCUAAAGUGGACUAGUUUUCAGUGAGAAAAAUCGGUGGAAAUUGUGGGUGGAAAGAAGUGCAAGCGUUAAGCGAUUGUGGAUUCCUGAUGAGAACGAAGUGCAUCCGUGAGCUGUCGAUUGAGAGAUUUGCGAGUUGAGGCUCGAGAAAAAAUCCUUGAAAAAAUCAAUUCCAUUUACUUCCGUGCGAGGGUGAAAAACCGUAAUCAGUGAGCUGUAUCACGGGCGAAUCCUUUCCAUUCACAAACGAGCAAAGUGUUUGAGGGUGAAACUAGUUCCAGAGUCGCUGCCUGUCUGCAGUCCAGAAAUCAAGGAUGAAAAACUAUAUUCGGGAUUCGUGGAAAAGGUAUAAGAAAGUCGAGAAUUCAUGUCAAAUAAAGUAGGUGAAGAUUUUUCUGAGUCGCAAGCUUUCGGUGCUCGGAAAAGAAAAGUAUGGUCACGAGCUUUGGUGUAGCGUUGGUGGAAAAGUGUGAAAUUGGGUCCCGUUGGUUUCUCACUCAUUGUCGAAUCGCGUGUGGCAUGCUGGCAUUUAAUUAGUGUGGCGAAUAAUAAACGAUUCAUUAGCCUAGUGGCACGUACUUGUAAAUAAAACGCUUCCCCGAAACGACCUGCGAUCGCAGGGUGAUGGAGUAAUCGGGCUGCCCCCACGACGGAUUCGGUUAAGUACGCGCGGUUCGCUUUGACUUCAGGUGAAGACCUCUACAUAGGAACAUCUUUUCGUAUUGUUUCCUGGAUAAUGGACGAAUCGGCGAUAAAAUCGCUAAAGUGUUAAAACCAGUUGCAUCCUAUCCUGGGCGGAUUUCAAUGAAAACUCUUUGCCCGAAUGCCAACCUCUAUGUCCUACCCGGAUCAGAGUGUGAUAGCAGUGGCCCAAGGGAAACGGGGUACCAGCGAGUGGCCGGAGGAGUCCUAAGUCAAUUGCGUUAGCGUGGCGCGCUAAGCCCCGGAGUCGAGUGAUUCUGUUCAGUACAGAGUUAUCAUCGGUCUUCCCAGAGAUAUACAUAGAGCAAGGAAACUGGCUAAGAAGUGAACCGCGGUUUUACCGCGGAUAUUAUGUCUCGCGACGACUAUAAUCCAAUAUCCACUGCAAAUUCUGCCGUACGAAGUCCUGGCCGCUCAACAAGACGCCUAACAGAACUGCCAACAGUGGAUCGUUCACCGUCACGAGAUUACGGAUCCCGCGCAAGUCCUUUAGCUAUGGGUAGUCCAUACUAUAGGGACAUGGAUGAGCCGACUAGCCCGGCAAGCGGCGGCCAUCACAGAAGUCGAAGUGCAAGCAGACCAGCUAUGUCACACACAAUGGAAUACCCGCGGACACGAUACCAAUCUUUAGAUCGAGGUGGAAUGGUUGAUCCUCACGAUCGUGAAUUCAUUCCUAUACGCGAACCACGCGACCGUUCCAGGGAUCGAUCACUCGAACGGGGGCUUUAUUUAGAGGACGAAUUAUAUGGAAGGUCGGCUAGACAGAGUCCGAAUUCUAUGGGUAUGCAUUCUUCUCCAUCUGCACUAGGAAGGCACUCCAGCCAAGUGGCUUAUCUUUCAGCGAUACCAACGACAGAUCGAGCUUAUUUAGGGGACCUGCAGCAUCAAAAUUCGGAUCUGCAGCGUGAAUUAGGACAACUGAAACGAGAACUUGAACUGACAAAUCAGAAAUUAGGCAGCUCCAUGCAUAGUAUAAAAACGUUUUGGUCACCCGAGUUGAAAAAAGAGAGAGCGUUACGCAAGGAGGAAAGUGCCAAGUAUAGUUUGAUCAAUGAUCAACUGAAGUUGUUGAGUAGCGAGAACCAGAAACAAGCAAUGCUAGUUCGUCAACUGGAGGAGGAGUUAAGAAUGCGAAUGCGUCAGCCAAACAUCGAAUUGCAGCAACAAGUCGAAGCACUCUAUGCCGAAAAUGAACACUUGCAACGAGAAAUAGCAAUUCUUAGGGAUACAAUAAAGGAACUAGAACUGCGAAUUGAAACACAGAAGCAAACCCUUAGCGCGCGAGAUGAAAGCAUCAAGAAACUGUUGGAAAUGCUUCAGAGUAAAGGAAUGGGAAAAGAAGAGGAACGACAGAUGUUUCAACAAAUGCAGGCAUUGGCACAGAAACAGCUGGAUGAAUUCCGUCUUGAGAUACAGAGAAGGGAUCAAGAGAUAAUGGCGAUGGCGGCAAAAAUGAAGACUCUCGAAGAACAGCAUCAGGAUUAUCAACGACACAUAGCAGUUCUGAAAGAAUCCUUGUGUGCAAAAGAGGAACACUACAAUAUGCUGCAGGCAGAUGUGGAGGAGCUUCGUGCGCGGUUGGAGGAGAAGAAUCACCUAAUCGAGAAGAAAACUCAGAGCGCCUUACAAGCCGUACAAGAACGUAAUCGUCUUAAUAAUGAGCUUACUGAACUUAAAGACCAUAUGGAUAUUAAGGAUCGUAAAAUUAAUGUACUGCAAAGAAAGAUCGAAAACCUUGAAGAUCUCCUAAAAGAAAAGGACAACCAAGUGGACAUGGCCAGAGCCCGCUUGUCUGCUAUGCAAGCCCACCAUAGUAGUUCCGAAGGAGCCCUCACUAGCCUGGAAGAAGCAAUUGGCGACAAGGAGAAGCAAAUGAAUCAGUUACGAGAGCAACGCGACCGGGCCGAGCAAGAGAAGGCGGAAGAACGCGAACUGCACGAACGUGAGAUCGCCGACUACAAAAUUAAACUAAGAGCAAUGGAAAGUGAAGUAGAAAAACUCAACACAAGACUGGAGCGAGCCUUAACCGAGAAGGAUCGUCUCGAAAUGAAAUUAGAGUCAUCACAAAGCGAAUUGGGCAAAUCCAAGGCUGAGCUUGACAAAGCUACCAGCGAAGUUGGUCGUAGUAGCGCUGACUGGGAAGCUACGAAGCAAAGGAUAACUCGUUUGGAAAUGGAAAACGAACGGUUACGACACGACUUGGAACGAUCACAGACUACUUUUGGCCGCUCAACCCUCUCCACUUCACAAGAACUAGACCGAGCUCAGGAACGUGCCGAUAAAGCAUCGGCCGAACUCAGAAGAACGCAAGCCGAACUGCGAGUGACUCAGGACAACAGCUACACUGAACAUAUUCUUAGUGAUGCUGAACGAGCUCGCAAUGAAGCUACUGCCCUGCAAGAAAAACUCGAAAAGAGUCAGGGCGAGGUAUAUCGGUUUAAGGCCAAGCUGGAGAAUGCCCAACAGGAGCAGGAGAGCCUGCGACAGGAGCUGGAGAGAAGUCAAGCCAGCGUAACCCGGGUCCACAGUGAGCGUGAUAAGCAUAUCUCCGAACUCGAGAAAGUCAAGGAGGAACUUGAGCGAACUCAAGCCACCCUGGGCAAGGCACAACUCCAACAGGAGAAACUGCAAAACGCCCUGGACAAAGCACAAAACGAGGCCGACCAUCUACAGGAACGUCUGGACAAGAGCAUCGCCGAAGUUCGCCGCCUCCAACUGGAGAAGGAGAAACAGGCCUACGAUUUCGAGAAUAUCCAAUCACAGUUGGAUAAGGCACUAGGACAGGCUGCUCGUAUGCAAAAGGAACGCGAAGGAUUGGGCAUGGACGCAGAACGAAUGCGUGACAAAGUGGAGAAAUUACAAAUGUCACUUGCUCGUAUACAGAAAGAAAGAGAUGCUUUGUCCGAUGAGCUGGAGGCCGCUAAAGAGCGUGCCGAAAACAACCAGAGCCUGCUGAUGAAGGCACAACGCGAUAGGGAAGCGAUCCAGACUGAACUGGACGUUGUGAAAGAGCGAUGGGACAAAGCGCAUUCCAUUCAACAGAAAUUGCAGAUGGAGCGGGACGAUGCCAUUACCGAAGUUGAUAUACUCAAGGAGAAACUCGACAAGGCUCUGUAUGCGAGUCAGAAGCUUAUCGACGAAAAGGACACAUCCAACAAGGAAUUCGAGAAAAUGCUCGAGAAAUAUGAUCGAGCUCAAAAUGAAAUUUAUCGACUUCAAUCCCGCUGCGAUACAGCUGAAGCGGAUCGUGCCCGACUCGAAGUUGAGGCGGAGAGAUCUGCUUUGGCCGCAGCCAAGGCUCGUGAGGAUCUUCGAAAAUUACAGGAAGAGAGUUCACGACUGCAGGAAGCCUGUGAUCGAGCAGCCAUGCAAUUAUCCCGCGCUAAGGAGCUUGAAGAAAAGGCCCGUGAAGAUGUUGAGCUUCAACGUGAGCGAACAGAUAAGAUCCAAACAGAUCUACGAAGGACGCAAGGUGAAAAGGAGGCACUGCAGGGCGAGAUAGAACGUCUGAACUAUGAGCUUGAGCGAUCCCACUCCACUCAAGCUAAACUGACUGCUGCCUUGGAUGCUGCGAAGGAAGAGGCUCUAAGGUCUAGCUUAGAACUCGACAAGCUCAGAGAACGCUACGAUAAGAGCCAGACAGAGUUGCGGCGAUUACAAGAAACGGAAACAUAUAGCAGGGAAUCUAGAAGAUACAAGGAAGAAAACGAGAGGUUACGAGAGCGCCUUGACAAGGCCUUAAUGGAGAAUGAGGCCCUCCGUGGUAAGUCACAAUAUGAGAGCGAGUCAUAUGAAAAAUACAAAGAAAAGUAUGAGCAAAGGGAAAAUGAAAUCCAAAACAUGGAAGCUAAGUUGCAUGAAGCCACCCUGCAGCUUGAAUUAUCAAAGGCUGAGGUAGCUAAAAUGAUCGCCGGCCAAGAAAAGCAACGUGCUGAACUCGAACGUGCUCACAUUGAAUGCGAGAAGGUGCGAGAUAAACAUGAGAAAUUGACCAAGGAGACAGAACGCCUCCGACAGAAUAUGAAUGCAGUCAGUCCAGGAAUGACGGCAAAUCCUGGCGACAAACAGGAAAUUGAUAGACUUCGCGAGCGCUUAGAUAAGGCUCUACAAUCACGAGACGCCACCGAACUGGAAGCCGGUAGACUGGCUAAGGAACUAGAAAAAGCACAAAUGCACCUCGCUAAGCAGCAAGAGGUCAAUGAAGCCACACGAAUUGAAUUCGAAAGAAUGUCAGCCGAACUGAGUCGAGUCCAUGAGCGCCUUGAAAGAGCCGAGGCAGAAAAGGAAUCACUUCGACAAUCUGCGCGAGCCUUCGAAAUGAACUCCAUGCAGUCGAGUCAAAUAGAGAAGAACAUGAUGAAAUUAGAGGGAGAAUGCAAACAAUUACAAAUGGAGCGAGACCAGCUGGUCAUGCAGCUCGAAAAGAGUCAGGACAUGCUGAUGAACUUCCAGAAGGAAUUGGACGAAACCGAGAAGGAGCUACAACGACACCGAGAAGAGAACAGACGUCUGAAGAAUGGUCACGGGGCACAACCAAAUUCACAGGAAAUGCAACAGUUGCGAGCGGAAAAUCAAAUGAUGAAGCAACGACUGAUGGAGACUGGUCAGAGAGGCGACGAACUAGAACAAUGGCGAAAGGUUGUAGAACAAGAGAGAAAUCGAGCGGACCAAGCCGAAAGGGCAGCCGGCGAAAUGCAUAAGAGGGUGCAAGUCCUUGAGAAGCAGCAGCAACAACAACUCACACAAAUGGCGAAUUUACAAAAACAAAUACAACAGCAAGGAGGAGCGCAGGCUAAUGUACAAGAAUUCCAAAAAGAAAUGGAUAACAUGCGGAAAGAGCUGCAAAGUUCGAAUGUUGAACGAGAGCGAUUACAGGCUCAACUUGAGAUGUUGGUCCAGGAGUUAGAAAGAAGUCAGCUUGAUCUCAACGAAGCUAACAAGCGACUACAAAGUGCACAAAAAGAAAAUGUCACAGAUGACGCUCAACGUAACAAACAAAUUGAAGCGCAAAUGAAGCAAAUCGAUGACGCCAAUAAACAAUUGGAAAAUAAAAUCAAAUCGAUUGAGGGUGAACGAAAGAUUAUUGAAGAUCAACGAAAAGCGAUUGAGGUUAAACGAAAAGACAUCGAAGAAAAGGAGAAGAACCUAUCGGAGUUCGAUAGGCAGCUGAAGAAGCGAAAAGAACAAAUGGAUCAAUUAGAGAAAUCGUUGCAGAAGGCGGGUGGUACAGCAGCAGCAGCUGGAGAGCUUAAUAAGAAAUUAACGGAGACACAAAGGCAAUUAGACGCGAUAACAAAAGAGCUAAACACCGCCAAAGAGGAAGCUUCUAAAUCAACAGCAGAAACCGAGCGGUUGCUCCAAUUAGUACAAAUGUCUCAAGAAGAACAAAAUGCCAAGGAGAAAACAAUUAUGGACUUGCAACAAGCUCUUAAAAAUGCUCAACAAAAACUCCGUGCACAAGCACAACAACAAGAGGCUGGUCCAGCCGGCUUCCUUAAGAGCCUUUUCUAAGAAACAAAAUCAAUAUACUAAUAAACGUCAUAAAUACAAAAGUUAUAAUAAACACAGGCUAAGUGUGAGUCAAACAAUUUCGGAACAUACAUAUAUAUAUAGACUAGCUUAAAGAAAUUACGAAGUAUAUAUAUAAAUACGAGACGACCAACGUUUAUACUACGCUUUGAUGCAUACCAUGUUAUUGUAAUUAAAGAAAACAACUUGAAUAAUGUUACCUUUACACUUAAAACAACAAACAAAAACAAUACUAAGCGUUAAUUAAUAAAUUUAAAGCCAUUGA